CUGGGUCGGAGGGGCGGGGUGAUAGGGUUCCGCGCGGGUAAAGGGGCUGCCUGGAGCACUGUCCGAGCGUUCUGUCGUGCACGCCGCCUCGCUUUCCCGGCUCGCCGUCUGCCCCUCCCCCGCCCGCCGCCGUCACCGGGGAAACGGGCCGCGAUAGCCCGCUGACCCGAAGCUGGUUUCAUGGCAGCCGCGAAGAAAGCAGUUUUGGGGCCACUGGUGGGGGCAGUGGACCAGGGCACCAGCUCAACGCGCUUUUUGGUUUUCAAUUCAAAAACAGCUGAACUACUAAGUCAUCAUCAAGUGGAAAUAAAACAAGAGUUUCCAAGAGAAGGAUGGGUGGAGCAAGAUCCUAAGGAAAUUCUGCAAUCUGUCUAUGAGUGUAUAGAGAAAACAUGUGAGAAACUUGGACAGCUCAAUAUUGAUAUUUCCAACAUAAAAGCUAUUGGUGUCAGUAACCAGAGGGAAACCACUGUAGUCUGGGACAAGUUAACCGGAGAGCCUCUCUACAAUGCUGUGGCCGCUCCAGUUUCUCCCGGCCCUUCCGACCCAGUUGCCGUUGUUCGCUCUGGCUCUUCGGUUCCGGCUGCUGGCACUUCCUCAGUGUGGCUUGACCUAAGAACCCAGUCUACCGUUGAGAAUCUUAGUAAAAGAAUUCCAGGAAAUAAUAACUUUGUCAAGUCCAAGACAGGCCUUCCACUUAGCACUUACUUCAGUGCGGUGAAACUUCGUUGGCUCCUUGACAAUGUGAGAAAAGUUCAAAGGGCUGUUGAAGAAGAUAGAGCUCUUUUUGGGACCAUUGAUUCGUGGCUUAUUUGGAGUUUGACGGGAGGGGCCAAUGGAGGGGUCCACUGUACGGAUGUAACAAAUGCAAGUAGGACAAUGCUUUUCAACAUUCACUCUCUGGAAUGGGAUAAAGAGCUCUGCGAAUUUUUUGAAAUUCCGAUGAAGAUUCUUCCAAAUGUCCGGAGUUCUUCUGAGAUCUAUGGCCUAAUGAAAAUCUCUCAUAGCCUGAAAGCUGGGGCCUUGGAAGGUGUGCCAAUAUCUGGGUGUUUGGGGGACCAGUCUGCUGCAUUGGUGGGACAAAUGUGCUUCCAGGAUGGUCAAGCCAAAAAUACAUAUGGAACGGGCUGUUUCUUACUAUGUAAUACAGGCCGCAAGUGUGUGUUUUCUGAGCAUGGCCUUCUGACCACAGUGGCUUAUAAGCUUGGCAGAGACAAACCAGUGUAUUAUGCCUUGGAAGGUUCUGUAGCUAUAGCUGGUGCUGUUAUUCGCUGGCUAAGAGACAAUCUUGGAAUUAUAAAGACCUCAGAGGAAAUUGAAAAACUUGCUAAAGAAGUAGGUACCUCUUACGGCUGCUACUUCGUCCCCGCGUUUUCGGGGUUGUACGCGCCUUACUGGGAGCCGAGUGCAAGAGGGAUCAUCUGUGGGCUUACUCAGUUCACCAAUAAAUGCCAUAUUGCUUUUGCUGCAUUGGAAGCUGUUUGUUUCCAAACCCGGGAGAUUUUGGAUGCCAUGAACCGCGACUGUGGAAUUCCACUCAGUCAUUUGCAGGUAGACGGAGGAAUGACCAACAACAAAAUUCUUAUGCAGCUGCAGGCAGACAUUCUGUAUAUCCCAGUAGUGAAGCCUUCAAUGCCGGAAACAACUGCCCUGGGAGCGGCCAUGGCGGCAGGGGCCGCGGAAGGAGUUGGCGUUUGGAGUCUCGAACCCGAGGAUCUGUCAGCAGUCACAAUGGAGCGGUUUGAACCACAGAUCAAUGCUGAAGAAAGUGAAAUUCGUUACUCUACAUGGAAGAAAGCUGUGAUGAAGUCAGUGGGCUGGGUUACAACUCAGUCUUCAGAAAGUGGUGACCCUAGUAUCUUCUGUAGUCUACCCUUGGGCUUUUUUAUAGUGAGUAGCAUGGUAAUGUUAAUCGGAGCAAGGUACAUCUCAGGUAUCCCAUAAAUGAUACCAACUCAGCGGAUUCCAAAGAUGCGAGCUCUUUGCCUAAUGAGAGAAUCCAGCGAUUGUCUCUUAAUGUGGUGACACUAUUCAUAGACUCUGAUUUUAUUUAUAAGCCACUUGCUGCAUGACCCUCCAAGUAGUCCUGUGGCUUGAAAUAAAGAAAAUGCAGCAGAAAGAAUGCUAUAGAAACAUUUGGUGUGUUUUUUAACAUCAAGAGUUAAGAUUGGACCAACCACCUUGGGGGCUGACCCCUCCUUUGCCAUCGUGUCCUGCCCCAUUCCCUCUGAGAUCUAGGAAGAAUUCAGGUCCUUCAUUUCAUUGGAAUCUUUCAUCAGACACACUCAAACGCUGAUGAUGGUCUUAGGAUUUGGUUCUCUGCACUACACACACUUGACUAAGGGGUGAUGACUAACCAGCUAAAAAUGAGUGGCUUUUUGUUCCGUUUCUUUUUAACAGACCCUAAAAGUUCUCUUUUCUGCAUAUUAAGGAGGACACAACAUCUUCCCCAAAUGUUUAAAUGGACACCUCUAUGGAAUUCUUAAAAUGCAAAUUGAGUACUCUCAUAGCUUAGACAUUUUCCAGAAAGGUAUUUGCCAAAACUGAAAUUCUUCAGAUACUUGACGUGGUCUCACUCAUUCACUGAAUUGCCGUCUGAAUCUUCUAGGGAAAGACACUUUUUCCUUUCUUUUUUCAUCUCUCCUUUUUGUAUUUCUUACUUUGUAUGGUAACAUACAUGCCUAUAUAUAUUUUAUAUAGUGAGGGCAGCCCAUUUAUAAAUCAAGAGUACAUUUUACAUGAUCUCACUAAUACAGUGAAUAUCUGUCUGGAUCUUACAGGGAAGAACACUUUUUCUUUUCAUCUCUCCUUUUUAUAUUUCUUGUGUGUCUAACAUACAUGCCUAUAUAUUUUAUAUACAGAGGGUAGCCCAUUUAUAAAUUCAGAGCACAUUGUAUUCAGUAGGUUAUAAUGGGGCUGGUCUUAAGUGGACCACUGUGUGUAUAAAUAUUUUGGGGAAAUCACUGUAUACUUUUUGGGCAAUGGUUAUGCAUAUUUACCAGGAGAAACUUUUUCUUAAGAGAGCCAGCAUUUAAAGUUUAAGUAUAUGUUCUUAGUCAAUAAAAGAAAAUGUACUUUAUUGUGACUUCAGCUAUAUUUCUUAUACCUUACCUUUUUAUUUAAUUGUUUGAGCUGGAUAUAUGUCUUU